AUGAAUUUUGCAGGCGAAUGUCGUAUCAGCGAAAAAUUAGUGGUUCUUCGAAGAGGAAACGUUCAUGAAGUACCAAUCUGUAAUCCAAUUAUAAAAUAUCCAAAUGGUGUUCGAAUCGAAGAAGAAUUAGACGGUAAACCAGUACAGUAUAAUAAAUUCAAAUGCAUGAAACCAUUUUGUCGAAUAUGUCGAUGUGAUAUUGCUCGUGGCUUUAAAUUGGCUAGUAAAAACUCGUCGAAAGCCGAAUGUGUUUUAAAAUGCCCCAUUACAAAAUCAUUGUCGAGAAGAUGCUUUAAAUUUGGUACUGCAACUGUUUGCUAUGAUUAA